GUAAACAAAUAAAUAAAAAUGCUAGAGCCGACGCCUAAAAACGUGAAAUCUGUCAAAAGUAGACAGGACACAAUAAAUCAGAGUAAUGCCGACCAGAGAUUUUCCCAGGGGAUUUCCAAGGUUCAUUCACAUUUCCUCGUACCCUCGGAGAAGUUGGAUCGUGUGACUAGAAGAGUGAUAGCGCCGUAUGCCCAGAUUGAAAGGAAGGGUUUAAGGGUCUCAGAGGACGCUAAAGAAGGGAGAUACUUGGAUAUAAAUAGAUUCAAUGUGUUUCUAGAAGAUACGGUCGACUUGGACUCGCUUUUCUAUGAGACUGCUCUGGUUUUGAAGACUGUGACUAAUAGCUCUGGUGUAUUCGUAUAUACAGUGGAUCUGAUAAAAAAUGAGAUUGUUAUGAUGCCUCACAACACGAAAGUACCAGAUCGGCACCAAGUCAAUAUACCCAUUGAGGAAGGUAAGGUGGCCGCAGCUCAUGCCGCCGCCACCAAGGAAUUUCUAUUGAUACCUGACGUGCAAAGAGACCGCCGCUUCGCUGAAGGGCUACGCUGGCUAGAUGCUAAAACAGCAUUGUGUCUCCCCGUAGUAAAACCUGAUGGAGAAUGCUAUGCCGUGCUAGAACUUUACAGGACGUAUGCUGAGCCUUAUAACGAGGAAGUGCUAUACACGGUGAUCAGCGUGGCCUGCUGGGCCGGUGCCGCAGUCCAUCAGGCCCAGGCCAGGGUGACUCUGCAGAAGACGUCACAUCUCAACUCGGAACUGAGAACGUUGCUGCAAAACUACUUUUGCGAUUUGGCGUCUAUUGACACUAUGCUCACUGAUAUGCUGGCUGUUGUUAAAUCCUUUAUGGGUGCAAUGCGGAGUAGCUUCUUCAUCAUCGACAAGGAGCAGCUUGGUGAACACAUGAUAGCUGACAUGUGGGACGAUGGGUGGGCGUCGGAGAAGACUUUCAUGCCGAGGAAGAAAGUUAAGAUCAACUUAAGUCUAGAAAACACUCCAGCGGGUCUAGCCGCACGCACCGGCGAGUUUCUGAACGUCAGAGAUGCAUACAAGGAUCCUAGAUUUUCUAAGGAGAUCGAUCCUACCACCGGCACUGUGGUCAGAUCUUGUCUUGCGGCGCCUAUUGUCGAUAAACAUGGGGUUAUUGGUGUGGUUCAACUGACGAACAAAACUGACGCGUCUCCAUUCAACAAUGAAGACGAAGAGAUAUUCAAGGUGUUCGUCAACUACUGCUCACUCAUAGUACACUUCUACAAUAUGCAACAGAAGAAGAUAUUCCAUGAGAAUCAGAACAGGACGUAUUCGGAACUGGUGAGCUUACAUCUGAAGCCGUGCCGUCAUGACCUUGAUGAGCUGAUGGAAACCAACGGAAUUGUACUUCCGCCAGCCAAUUUUGGCAGUUUCGACUACCACAUAAGCGAGGGCAACCCAGAAGAGAUGCCGGGGCUCAUAUGCUACAUGUAUAUGGAGACCUUCGCUGAUAGAAACUUCGAGAGGCGACAAUUGGCUGAAUUUGCUUUGACCAUCCUGAGGUGCUACCGAAACAAUCCUUACCACAACGCCGAACACGCUUUCUGCUUUACUCAUACAAUGUAUCUUAUUCUUGUCAACAAUGAUGGGUACUUCGAUUUUGUUGAGACCGUAGCCCUAAUGCUAGCGGGGCUCUGCCAUGACCUCGACCACCCCGGGUUUAACAACAACUUUCUGACGCUGUGCAAUCACCCGCUCGCUAAGAUGUACAAGUCUUCUAUGUUGGAACACCACCAUUACUUCUUAGCUAAGAAGAUUAUUGAGGACAAGAACAUCCUCGGCAAGCUAUCACUUCUGGACCGGUCUCGUAUCAUGGAGGAGAUCAAGUUCGACAUCUUAAGUACAGAUCUGGCCAUGUACUUCACGGUGAGGGCUCAGCUCACGCCGCUGGUGGCCGACCACUGCUUCGAGUGGACGGAUAACUCUCACAGGAGGAUGCUGAAGGGUAUACUGAUGACGACCAGCGACCUGUCAGGAUGCUGCAAGCCGUUUGGUAUAUCGAAAAAGAUCGCUGAAGCCGUCUAUGAGGAAUUUUAUAAACAGGGCGAUCGCGAGCGUGAGAUGGGCUACACUCCUCUCAGCAUGAUGGAUCGCCGCCGAAGUAUCAACCAGCCUGCGGAACAGAUUCAGUUUUUGUCCGUGGUCGUACUGCCAUGUUUGCUGCUUUUGCAUAACAUCUUCCCGAACACUGCAGCGCUCAUUGAUAACUGCAGGAAAACUCAAGAAGCGUGGCACAUGGAGAUAGAAAUCCGUGGACAGAAACUGUGGAGACAGGACGAGUCGCUGCCGGCGGGCUCCAAGGUGCUCGCUAGCAAGACGGAAUCGCGCAUAGCUGUCAACGAAUGA